UCUUAGAAGAGUAUAUUCAUGAUGAGGUCAAAUCAAUUCUUGGAAUUCGUGAACAUCAAUAUUUGAAGCCGAGAGAAAUUUAUCAGGAACAUUUGAAAUUGCCAAAUUCUAAAUAUCAAGUAAUAAUGACUGGUUGUGAGAAGAUACAAUCAUCAGUAGUAUACCACCGUAUUACAUUUCAAAAAAGAUUAGAGAGUAAUGAUUUCUUACUUUAUGGAAGUAUCACGAAUGAAUCGGGGAAACAGAUCGAUAAUGUGAUUAUUAAAUUUAGAUCAAUCAAUAAUGAUGGGUUUUCCGUGACUAUUGAAAAUUUUACUGGACAUGAGAUGGAACACUUUGGUAAUCGACUGAACAUUAAUUGGAUGCUGGUUGGAGAUCCAGAUGUGAUCAAUUACAGGAAUCCAUAUGUUCAAAAUUAUUUUGUUGCAAAAGUUGGUACUAAAAUAUUUAAUAACAAAGAUCUUGAAGGUUUAAACAUUGAAUUGCCUCAACCACUUAAAAAUGUGAAAAAUGCAAGAUUCGCCUGUACAUUUUACUAUUCAUCUAAUGAUGGUCCAUCAUUUUCAACUUGCAUCGAAUCUAAUGAUGCAAAAGGAAUCCGAUUACAUAUAAAGAACCUUAAUAAUAAAACUCAAACACAUUUAACAACUUUUGAUGAAUUUAAAAUGCACUGGUGUAUUUAUUUUAUUCCGAUUAAAAAAAUUAUCAUUGGACAAUUCAUACCUGUGAACCAAUCUUCAAGUAAGAUGCCAAAAUUUUUAAGAACAAAAUCUUCAAAACAAGUGCCUGGCCUAAGAAUCGAUGUCUAUGAAGCUAUUAGUGCAUUUCGAGUCAUACUUCCUUGGUUUGAUGCAUUAAAUAUAAUUCUUGAAAAGAUUUCGAAAGCGUAUGAAGAAGCCGAAUAUAAUCGAAAGACUUGUCGUGUCUUAACUGAUCGUGCUGAUGAUGUUUUGACCGCGGUUAAAAUAUUAUUUCGGAGAAGAGAUGAAGAAGAAGAUAAAUUUCUCGAUGAUUAUUAUGUCAAAUCAUUUAUUAAACUUCACAGAGUUUUAAGAGAUAUAAAAGAAUUUAUCAGUAAUAUUUCUCAACUUCAAGGCCUUUCUAAAUUUGUAUCUGCUGAAGAUAUAAGGAAAAGAUGUAUAUUUCUCAUGAAUGAAUUGGAAUCAACUUGUCUUGAUCUAGAUUUACACACCACAAUAUCGGUAGAGGACAAACGCCUUGUACAAAAAAGUCUAAUGGAAGACGUAGAAACAAUGACUGAGUUUCUCGAAACGAUUAAAGGUGGUGUUAUACAGGACGAUAUAAAAGAUAUACGUUACAAAAAAGAAGUGGUGAUACCUAAAACAUCUAAAAUGCCUAGUAAAGUUUUUGAUGAAGUUGCAGAAAUAAAAAAGAAAAUGGAAAAGAAAGAGAUUAGAUUAAAUGCGCCCCGGAUUGAUCCAGAUUCGUUGCAGGAAGAUAAAGGAUGGAUACAAAAAGAUGAAUGCAGGAUAUUCAAACGGCUAUUAAACGGAAAAAUUGAAGUUGCUUGCAAGCGUAUCAAAAUUCCAGAUUCUGAAUUCCAAAUGUUUAAUACGCGAUUUGCUAUUUUAAAUCGAUUAAAAUCUGGCAAAAGGGAGCAUCUUAACUUUGACAAUAAUUGUCCCAGAUGUAUUACUACUGGACUUUCGAGAAUUAUUCAGACGGCAUGGGCACACGAACCUUCAGAGCGACCAUGCAUUAAUGCUUUUAAUGCCGAGCUCAAUAAAUUAAGACUAUCACUUAAAAAUAAUUACACGGGUCUUAAUGACGAAUCACCUUUAUUCUACUACGGUGUUUUAUCCCUGGAUGGAAAAUAUGUAGAGAAAGAUGAGAAUAUAGGAAUACAGUGUUUAGAGUUGGCUACUGCAAAAGGUCAAAAACAAGCAAUUGAUGAACUUAAAAAACGUAAUAUUAACUUUG